UUCACGAGAGAACAGCCGGGCCCAGCUCACAUAACAGUACUUAGAAAUGGCGGCGUCCGUGUGCCGAGUCGGGAGCACCGUGGGUCGAACCCUCGCUAAAACCCGCAGUCCCAUCCUGCUGUCUCUGAGGCGGGGACAGGCCUCAGUCAGCUAUGCCCAGAGCCUGCUGGGAGCCCCAGAAACUCGCCUCACUGCCCUGGACAAUGGCUUGAGGGUUGCAUCAGAGGAGACUGGACAUGCCACCUGCACUGUUGGACUGUGGAUCAGUGCUGGCAGUCGCUAUGAGAGUGAAAGGAACAACGGAGCAGGUUUCUUCCUGGAACACAUGGCCUUUAAGGGAACAAAGAAGCACCCUCAGACAGCCCUGGAGCAGGAGGUGGAAUCAAUGGGUGCUCACCUGAGUGCUUACACCUCCAGGGAGCACACUGCAUACUACAUGAAGACCCUUGCUAAAGACCUGCCCAAAGCUGUGGAGCUGCUGUCUGAGGUGGUACAGAGCUGCUCCCUGAGCGAGGCAGAGAUCGAGCAGCAGAGAGGUGUGGUGCUGCGUGAGCUAGAGGAAGUUGAGAGUAACCUUCAGGAAGUUUGCCUGGACCUCCUGCACGCCACGGCCUUCCAGGGCACUCCCCUGGGACAAAGUGUGCUGGGACCUUCCAACAAUGCUAGGACCCUGACCCGCCAGGACCUUGUGGAAUAUGUCAACAUUCACUACAAAGCUCCUCGCAUGGUGCUGGCUGCUGCUGGAGGUGUAACCCACGAAGAGCUAGUUGGGUUGGCCAAAACUCACUUCAGUGGGGUGUCAUUUGAGUAUGAGGGAGAUGCUGUCCCUUUGCUGUCACCCUGCAGAUUUACAGGCAGUGAGAUCCGUAUGCGUGAUGAUGCUUUGCCUCUUGCACACGUUGCCAUCGCUGUUGAGGGAGCCAGUGCUGCCAGCCCGGACAUCGUGCCUCUCAUGGUGGCCAACUCCAUCAUCGGCAGCUUUGACCUCACCUAUGGUGGUGGAAAGCAUCUGAGCAGCCGGCUGGCUCGCCUGGCUGUGGAGGAGAAACUGUGUCACAGCUUCCAGGCCUUCCACUCGUCCUACAGCGACACCGGCCUGCUGGGUAUUCACUUUGUGGCUGAUAAGCACUACAUCGAGGAUAUGAUGCACUGGUCCCAGAACGCCUGGAUGAAUCUGUGUACCACUGUGACAGAGAGUGAUGUAGCUAGAGGCAAGAUUGCUCUCAAGGCCAGCCUGGUUGGACAGCUCAAUGGAACAACCCCAAUCUGUGAUGACAUCGGUAGACACGUCUUGAACUACGGGCGGCGUAUUCCUCUGGCAGAGUGGGAUGCUCGCAUAGAUGCUGUGACCCCCAGGAUGGUACGUGACGUCUGCUCCAAGUACAUCUAUGACAAGUGUCCCGCUGUGGCAGCUGUCGGCCCCGUUGAGCAGCUCCCUGACUACAACAGAAUGCGCAGUGCCAUGUACUGGUUGAGGUUUUAAGAUGAUAGUUGUGUUGCUCCAAAUAUCUCAAGUUUGCUCCUCUCAAUCUCCCCCUGCCUUCCUCCCGUCAUCAAUGUGAGAGUUAAGUCCCUGAGGAUCGUCCACAUGUUGUCUUGACAGCACAGACAACCCUCCAUCCUCUCUCUUCUCCCCACUUGCCAGUGGGGGGUGGGGGGGGCAGCCAGUCUGCUCAUUGUUAGCUUUGAAAUAACAUGUCAGUUAUCAUUUGAUUGUAGUGCACAGGUCCUCAUUACCUGGAACUGACUUAGAGAGAGGAGGCUGGACUUAAACAUAUAAAACCAUCUACAGGACAUAACACCUCAUUACAGAUCAUUUGGAGCAAGAGUAUAUUUAUAAAUUCUGUAACGCGUGUUUCUGUCCUCUAUUGUACAUAACAGCUCUCAUUCCGACAAAAUAAAAAAAACUGUAAAACACGGGA